CUGUCGCCUCUCCGAUUAGUUUUGUUUGGAUGCGGCUGAGUGCAGUUUUGUUUCCGAGUGGAUGGUGUGAUUUUAGUUUUACCACAGCAAAAUGAAUGCUGCCGCGAAGAUUAUCGCCAUCGCCGCUUUAUUCCUAUGUGCUAACGCCGAAGUGCAAGGCAAAAAAGGCCAAACUUGUGAAAAACUCUUGAGGGAAUAUGCAGCGAACAGCUCUCACUUCAUCCAAUGUACCAUCGAUUAUGGUGUACCAGUGAUGUACUGUUUAAAUUGCGCAGGGAUGUAUCAGGAUUUAAAAACAGGCUACGACAAUUUGCUCAAUGGGAAUGAACUAUUAAAAAAUGCAACGGAAAAGAAAUGUUUUGAUAUAUACUUCAAUCAAGAUCGGCUGAAUAUUGUUUCGCAAUCCCACGAUGUCUUAACAAAUUUUUGGAGCGAAGCAUUUUGUAGAGAAUGCAUUGAUUCGAAUGGAACCGUAAGUGAUGAAACUAAAGCCUUUUAUCAAUUCAACGAUAAAUACCAGACAUGUCAGACUAAGUCCAAAGAUUUUUGCGUUGAUUGCAAGGGGUUUUAUGUGGACCUCAACAAUAAGUAUAAAGAUAUAACAAAGAAUAAACAAAUCUGCUUUGAUAUUCAAGAUUCCAUGAAUCGCACGAGAACGUUUUGGACACAAACCUGUGGCCAUGAUGCACCAAAAGCCAGUUUGGUAGCCUUCGCGGCUGUAAGCUCAACACUGACAUCAAUUCCGAUUUUAUUCUAUUGCGGUUUUUUUAUAUAUUAUCGGAGACGGGAAGAAAAUCAUCAAAUUAUAGAUGCACAAAACACUGAAAGGGAAAAUCCUGAACCAUCACAUAGCGGCGAACGUCUUUGGAAUGUUCCUUCAACGUCUACUGGUUUUAUUGAAAGCAACAGUACACUUAAUCUUGAGGCAAAAUCGCAAGCAGAUGAUGCCGGAAGUGAUGAAGAUCUCUUACUUUAAGCUAAUCUGUUUUUCUACACUACAUUAAGGGAAUAUCAUGUUUUUUUUUCUAUUUCGAAGUACAUAUUAUUAAAUUGUUACCAAAAACGAAUUA